AUGGCAGAGCGACGGUCACCCACGUUGCUUUGUUGGGAUGCAUGCUUGCAGUAUGAGCUCUCACAAGCGGAGGUUUGGGCUGAAUUGCGAACUGGCGCCUCCACUAUGAGCAACUGGCUGGGGCGUGCGGCAAUGCCUUCGAUAACGGAUGAGACGGCGAUGGUGGCACUGCGUCAUGUCGCUUGUGACUACCUUGCAGCUACACGUGAGGAGCUUGCGGAGACGCUUUACAAUUUUAAGCGUGAAAUAACCAAAAUGAACACUGACGUUGGCGCUGAGCGAUUGUCUCUGCAGGAAUUUAUGCUGUUAUUGGGACCGCUGACACUUGUGGCGAAUGCAGAAUCGGUUUUGCAGACAUUUUGGAAUGAAAUGCUGCAGCGUGAUAAACUUUGCGCUCGGUGUGUGUCAGAGGCGUACGACGCUUGCGCCGCGCUGCAGUUGCAGGAACAAGCUGCACGGGAGGAACUCCUUUCUUCGUGUCGUCGUUGGCAGCACACACGACAGCUACAAGACCGCUUGCGACAGCAGCGUGAACAUUUGUCUACACUGCACUCACUGGAUGAGGAGGGUGUGGCCGACCGCGUGAAGAUCUCUUCGAUCCGGCGCGCUGUGCGUGUCGAGGAGGAGCGGCAGCAGCAACAGUUCGCGGAAAAGGCGUUGGAAAUGGAUCGCAUUGCCUGCCUCACCGAUACGUUGGAGACGCUCCACAACCAGCUGCGCGUUGCGGAGGAGUACGAGGCACUUACUGUCGACUCGCUCUUGCGUGAACAAUCGGAUCGUGUCGCAGACGUUGCUUUGGAGGCGUCGAGAAAAAUGCGUUGGGACUCCCGGCUGAGUCAUAUGGAGCGACAGGUCGGUAUAUUGGGUCGCUUUGCCGUUGGCCUCUCUCUCGUCCGCCUCGGCAGGCACGAGCACGAUGCAAUUCUUCGUAGGAUGAAGGGUACUUCAACAUGUUCUGCCACCACCACCACCACCGCAAUGGGAGUGGCGGCAUCCCCGGCGGCGGGCGACUUGACAUGGCUCGUUGGGGAUGAUGCGGACGCCAAAAGCAGUUAUUACGCCACCACUGCGGCGGCUGCCACGAUGCCGGGAGUGUCUGAUACAGGAAACCCCUCCUCCCUGCCGGUGCUGCUGCAGCAAUGUCUAUUCGAUCCCUCGUACUACAAGGCAAAGAGUGACGUCUCUUCCGAGCGCGGCCGGCAGUAUCCUUCCGCGGAUGAUUACAGCGAGGUGGAAGACAUCUUGCGGCAGGUUUUUGGUUCACUGACGCAACUGAUUUAUGUUGCCAUUCCAUUUCUGCAGGAAUUUGCGGCGACAAUUGACACCGUUGUACUUUUUCCUUCUUUUGAGCUUUUUCUAAACACGUGCGAAAUGAAUGUCCUUGGUUCCAGUAAGCUUGCAUUUCUCAGGCAUUGCUCCCAUAGACUGGAUGCCGAUAUUGUUAAUUACCUUAAGUUGCUGGUACGGGCCGAGGGUAGCUGGGUUGUGGAGCACGGCAUGCGCUUUGAAGACUUUGUGGCAUUUCUUGUGGAUCAGGCCGCCUUGGAGUACGUACGGCACGCUUAUUUCCUUACAACAAAGAAACUUCUUACUAAAAUUGUCUUGGAUAUCGUUCUUCCGAGGUGGGUAAGACGACUCAAGAAGGGAAAGACACCUCCAUUCAUGUCCUUGUCAUCUAACUGGUCCAAGAAUGAGGAUCGGAUCGACAACAUGAACCGCGUUUUAUUGGAAAAAGAGAAUAUCGAUGAUUUAUGCCUGCUUCUCGAUACCGCAUUGGCGUGGCUGGGCAUAGCCAGGCGCUCUCUGAAACAAUUUGCACAGGCGUAUCGCAAACAUGUCUUGGAGUAUGCAUUUGCCAUGAAACCGGAAACGAAGGCGACUGGAAUCACGACGACACAAGCCCUUAUGGCACUGUUGUUCCCGAAGAAGGGGGAAUCUUUGCAGCUGCGGUGUCACCCAACACGAUGGGACGCAUUGCAGCGCACACAGAGUUUUUGUUUUGCCCAAAUGAAUGCAUUGGUGGGAGAAGACGGCAGUUUAGACAGCGUGACAGCGUGGCUCACUCUGGGUUUGGCCGGUAUCAACAGGGAGGAGCUUAUGCGGCGAAUUGUAGAAGCUAUUGAGAGCAUUCUUCGGGCCAAUUUGAAGGAGGACAUUAACGUUCACGUGCCAAAUGAUCAAUUUUCUGUCAGCAUGUCUUACAACACCCCUGUCUCUUGGAUUUUGACGUUGGCGGUCUGCGUCCACCUGUCGUUUAACAGCAACCUGGUCACAUGCGGGCUGGAUAAAUUAUUUCAGCUCCUCACCGUAUCAACAUGA